GUUAUAUAUCUCCCUCUUGAGUCUUGACAAAAAGGCCUCUCAAAUCCUUCCUUACAAAACAAAACCAUCUCUCUCUCUCUCUCUCUCUCUCUCUCUCUCUUUCUCUGUGAUGGAGGACUCAUUAGGUUCACUUGUAAACAAAGCUGUUGCCUCCAAGGACACCACAAUAGAUGGUCCUGAAGAAGAGAGUGGUUGGACAUCUUACUUUGAAGAUUUCUUAUCAAAACAAAGAGAACAAGAAGAAGAAGAAGAACAUAAUAAUACUUCUUCUUUCUCUGAUAGCUUUGGCAGCCCUUCUCUUGUUUCUGAUGCUGCUUCUUCUUGUGUUCCAAGGAAAAUCAACAAUUACAACCAAGUCUCCGCAACGUGCUCUCCGAUGGAUAGCCCACCAAAGAUGCCUAAGAAAUUAAGUUUCAAGAAAGCAAGAACCAAAGAAAUUUCUCAUGAUGAUUCUUUGGAGGACACUGCUAGUUCUCCUGUUAACAGCCCCAAGAUUAAUAGCUUCAAACAGAUGGAUAUUAAUCCCAGAAAGAGAGGAGAUAAUGUUGAAAGUUCUCUCGGGAAAGGAGGUGACUCUGAUUUCAGUUCAGAACUUCAUAGAGAUUCAAGAAAUGAAAUGACUUUUGAAGGGAAGAAUAAUGAAUAUAUAGAACUGAAGAAAAGAGGGCUUUGUUUGGUUCCUUUGUCCAUGUUAGUCAAUUAUCUUGGCUAAUCUCUCUCUCUCUCUCUCUCUCUCUCUCUCUCUUUGUGGCAAGAAGAGCAAGACAUGAAAAAAUGUAUAGAGAAAAUGUCUAUGAUUAUAUUAAUGCUCAUAAUGAAAAUCAUCAAUAUACCUAGAAUUCUUUUUUCCUUUUUCUUUUUUUAUAAUUAUUUUGAUCUAUAUGUUAUUAUGUCAAAGAAAGGUAAUUUU